AUGAAGACAGUAGCGGCGCGAGCAUUCCGGGGCGCGGUCAAUGGCUUUCAAAGCCGUGCUUACUCACAGGCCGCCAAGCCCCGGCAUCUCAUGUCCAUCAGUGAUCUCACGCCCUCGGAAUUCUCUUCUCUGGUGCGCAAUGCCGCUGCUCGGAAACAGGAUGUCAAGUCCGGUCGCGUGCCCCGGUUGAGCGGCGGCCUAUCCGGUGAGACAGUGGCCAUGAUGUUCAGCAAACGAAGCACGAGGACUCGAGUGUCAACCGAGGCGGCGGUGACGAUGCUCGGCGGGCAUCCCAUGUUUCUGGGCAAGGACGACAUCCAACUUGGCGUCAACGAGUCGCUGUAUGAUACCUCUGUUGUCAUCUCAUCAAUGACCUCCUGCAUGGUGGCCCGAGUUGGUCCUCACUCAGAUGUUACCGGUUUGGCGGAGCACUCGACUGUGCCUGUUAUCAAUGCGCUCUCAGACGAUUUCCACCCGCUGCAGACUAUUGCCGACUUUCUCACCAUCUACGAGGCCUUCCCAUCUUCUCUGUCAAGUAACAACACCCUCGACCUAAACGGCCUGAAGGUUGCUUGGGUCGGUGACUCCAACAACGUGCUCUUCGACCUUGCCAUUGGUUGCGUCAAGACAGGAGUCGACAUCGCCGUCGCCUCGCCCCAAGGAUACGGCAUCCCCGAUCACAUGAGGCAGCUCAUCAACUCGGCCGCCGACGGCGUGCAGUCGCCCGGCAAGCUCUCAGAGACAACCAUCCCAGAGGAGGCCAUCAAGAAUGCCGACAUCUUGGUGACUGACACGUGGAUCUCCAUGGGGCAAGAGGCAGAGAAGCAGAAGAGGCUCAAGGCAUUCGCCGGCUACCAGAUCACAAACGAACUGGCAAAGCGAGGCGGCGCCAAAGAUGGCUGGAAGUUCAUGCACUGCUUACCCCGACACCCGGAGGAAGUUGCGGACGAAGUUUUUUACAGCCCCAGGUCUCUUGUCUUCCCCGAAGCAGAGAACCGACUUUGGGCCGCUGUUGCGGCGUUGGAGGGAUUUGUUGUAAAUAAGGGUGUCCUUGAGUAA